AUGUAUGUACAAACAGCCCGAAAACCCCGUCUGGAGUUACUAACCGCAGUCCGCCUUCUUGAUUUGGUCAAGGUUUUCUCGCCUGUGUUGCCUGAAAUCGAAUUCCCCGAUGAAAAAAUCAGCUUGGACGAAAAAGUCAUCUUCACCAUUGGUGCUGGCUUGUUGUUCAUCUUGUCCCACCUCCCAAUAUACGGGCUUAUCAAAGAUGCUCCUUUGAAAAUGACAGACCCAUUCCCUGCUUUGCGUCCUCUCUACGCCAUGGAACAGGGUACUUUGUUGGAGUUGGGUUUGUUGCCUGUGAUCACCGCCGCUUUUGUGUGGCAGAUUGCUGCUGGUUUGCGCAUGGUGAAGGUCAACCUCUCGUACUCGCAGGAGCGUGAGUUGUUCCAGUCGGCGCAAAAGUUGACUUCUUUCACUUUGGCCGUUGUUUUCGGCGUCGCUUUGGUUUUCUCCGGUUACUACGAGCCUGUAGUCCGUGGCGCCGGGUCGGCGGUUUCGUGGACCACGUACGUUUUGAUUUUGACCCAGAUUGUCGGAUGGAACUUCCUUUUGACCUUGAUCGUGGAGGUCAUUGACAAGGGUUACGGUUUCGGUUCUGGUAUCGUGUGUUUGCUCAGUUUGAACGCCGCCACAAGACUCGUGCGUGAUGUGGUUGGCUUAGAGAUGGUCUCCACUGUUCCUGGCGGAAAACCAGAAACUUACGGUGUGGCAAUUUACCUUAUCAAGGCCUUGUUCUCUUUUGACCUUACCACCAUCAAAAACGCUGUUAUUGGUGUGUUCUCCAGAGCCGGCUUCCCAACCAUCGGCCAAGUGAUUCUUGCUUUGGUUACCGGAUUGGCCACCAUUGUUUUGCAGAACUUCCGCGUCGAGUUGCCUAUUCGUUCCAACAAGGCCCGUGGCACUGCCAAUGUCUUCCCAAUCCGCUUGUUGUACACUGGUGCUUUGCCUGUUCUUUUUGCCUUUACCGUUUUGGCCAACGCGCAAGUCACCUUGCAUUUUGCCUCUGUGUUUGUUGAGCCCUUCUACCCACUUGUGGCUCACUUGUUUGAGUCUCGCUCCGAGACUGGCAAGGUCGUUUCGGGCUUGGCUUUCUACAUCAGCGCUCCAGCAUCUUUCACCGAAUCUCUCUUGUCGCCUAUCCGUGGUGUGGUUUACACUUCGCUUAUUCUUGUUCUCUCUGCUGUCUUUGGCAGAUUCUGGAGUGGAAUCUCUGGUUCUGCUCCAAAAGACAUUGCCCAAACUUUCAAAGACCAGGGUAUCGUCAUUGCUGGCCGCAGAGACGUUUCCGUGACGAAAGAGUUGGCCAAGAUUAUUCCUGUUGCCUCUCAAACGGGUGCCGUUGUUUUGGCCGCUUUGGCUUUGGUCGGCGAAAUGACCGGUUCUCGUGGCAGAACAGUGGCUCUCACCGUUGGUGUAUGCGGCGCCUUCUCUGUCUUGGAGGACUUUAUGACCGACUACCAACAGUCUGGCGGAGCUUCGCAAAUCAUGAGUUCUUUGGGUGGCUACCAAUAG